UUGAGUUUUGUAUUUGAUUGGUUGAGCAAAUACUCUGGCCGAGUAGUUGUUUAGGUACUCUAGAUCGAGAAGCGCGUAACCGAUCGUUAGAGCAACGGUUAGGAUAUUUUCCUUUAAGUUACUUGAUUCACUCAUAACUUAACCAAUCCAUCCAAUGAUUCAUUAAAUCAAUACGUUUUUUUAUUUGUCCUCUUUUUUUGUUCUUGUUCUAGGAGUCUCCACAUUGAUUAUUAAUGGUUUGGCGAUUUUCAAACCAAUGUUAAAGUAGAUCUGAACUUGUCAAUGCGAGUGAAUGAGCAAUUUUAUUGGGAAAAGUGCAUCUUUAUUGACUCUGAAUUGAUCUGAAAACAGUCUGUUGCCAUAGAUGAACCGACCUGUUUCCCAAUUAGUAGCUCAAGUGUUUACCCUUCACAGCCUAACGUCAGUCUAUAUAUUUUCCAUAUCGUUCUCUAUUCCUAUGGCACUUAAAAGGAGAAUUUGUAAUGAGAAUUGAACUGAGUGGAGUGCAAUUUGGUCUGAAAUCGUAUGCGUGAUUUCAAAAUCGAUCGAGCGGCUAAUGGAUGGGUGAAAUAAGAAUGAAACUAUCCUAAUGUUCGUAACAAAAACUGCAUUGAUUCUGAUUAAAUCAUACCAUAGCUUUAGCUAACGGAAGGUUUCAUUCGCUAAUCCCAGGUUUUUUCUUUUUUUCAGAACUCCAAGUACAACUGAAUAGAAGAUAUCUUGGAUAUCGAUCCAAUUGAUGUGUGUUUCUUGUUUGUUGUUCACACGGUUGACUGCAUGCUCACUCCGUAAAGAUCUUCCUUCUGCUCGAAUCAAAACUUAUAGCAGACAACAACCGCCUUGAGGUUUUUUUAAAAACAGGGAGACUCAGGACGAGGAGCCGAAAUACGUUUCUAAUAAAUAAAGGGACUGUUUUUUGUGUAGCAGAGUUUCGAUCAAUGGAGACAAACGAAAAGUGAGAAGGCGAAGCUGGCGGCAGUAUGGCUGCAUUUUCCCUUCUUAUAACCGCUGAGCGUCUUUCGCUAAUCGUUUCGCCCACCUCUACUGACCGAGAUAGUAAUAGAGGGGUUAGGUUCUAUUUCCCCUCUUAAUAGGUCAAAGUUUGAUUGUUUAGCGUUUUUCCAAAACCCAAUUUUUGCGGGGUAGGACAGGACUCCUUUCGGACGCUUCUGCUUCUGUCCCUUCGGAGUGGCCUAAGGAGCUUGGGAACGAAUCGUCUGCAAUUGAGCGUAAUGGCUGACGUUUUAAGGAAUGUUGAGAAUUCAUCGACAGGAAAAUGACUAUUUGUCUUUGCGACAACAGUAGGAGAGUAGGAUGGGUACUUGCCAUCGACUCAGUGACAUACACCGCGGUUCUACAAGAAAGAACGGAGAACUUAAAUUCCAAGAAGCAGACUUUGUUGUGGGACAUACGAUCACGCUCGUUAGUUCCUGUAACUGAGAGUUCAGAAGACAGUGCCAUAUUGUCGGUAAUGGCAGGUCUUCUUGUGGAAUCUCCGCAUGAUUCUGAAAGCUGUAGAUGUAGCAAUGAAAUCGUGUCAGAUCGCAUUCAGAAGCUUAUACGAGCUCGGAAAGAUAUGAUUGACUAAAAAUGCUCUACUGAGAUAUUUUGAACCAAAUAUUGCUCCUAUUGAUGGCUUGAAAUCUGGGUCUUUUUUUACUUGUGUUGCAGUGGCAA